AUGAGUGCUCCAGUUAAUGGUAAGGCCAUCGGCUAUGACACUGGGGAUAUUCCAGCCCUCGGUGCCGUUACUGUCGAGCUGCUCUUGGGAGUGCCCGGCAUUCCCCUGCAGGGUUGCAUCGAUCAACAGUACAAGGAUAGCCAGAUCAUGGAUAAGCGACCUGGGAUGUACUUGAAGUACAUGCCAUACCGCUACGAUGAAGUAACUGCCAAAGUAUUCACCGGCGGUUCAUAUUUGUUUGACACGUGGGAGAACGCAAAGGAGUAUAAACGCUGGGUGGGGGAAGACUAUGAAGUAGGGGAACCGAAGGCGAAGUUCUUGGAGCAACCCUUGUUCGAAACGUCGUCGUGUCGUGUCUGGAAGGUCAUCGGGGCUCACAGUUUUGCCCCUAUUGAAGAGCACGCUGUCGGCCGUCUGCAAUAUUGGUCGGCCAAGGGCGAAAAUGCCGAAGACAGUCUGCGUGACAUCUAUCCGAAGCUGAAGACUGCCGCCGAAGUACAGAAUGCAGCCGCAUUUUGGUUAUUGUUUGAUCCUGAGAAUAACGUUUUUGGAAUCCAGUUAGCUUUCAAGAAGGCGGAAGGGAAUGAUGAGGCAGCUGCGAGACGAACGCUGGCUGUUGCGGCGAGCAAACCCAGUUUGGAACACCUGAUGCCGGAGGGAUUCUGCGAGAAGUCGUUAUUUGAUCGGACCAGUCUGUUUUUGACUCUGUGGUUGCCGAAAUCUCGAGCUGCUGGUGGCUGUGAGCGUCUCAUCCCAAAUCAUCCUGUAGUGCCCAACAUCUCACAUAGAAACGAGUGA